AUGCCUGCCGGUACGCCAAAUGGUCGCUCCCGCGCUGGAGGAGCUAAGACUUCACCCAACUCCUUGAAGAUAGUCCUGAAACUAUCUUCAAGCGCCCUUCGCCAAUUCGCCGAUAGCCCCAAGUCCAAGUCCAGUCAAAUUAAUACCCCGGACAGUAAGGGCGACGACCACUCCUCUCCAGCUUCAUCCACCGAACUCCCUCCUGUCCGCCCAUCCUCUGCCGACAACAACUCCGAUGCCGACGCCAUAUCAACACCCGCCACAGGGGCGACUUCAGCAGACACAUCGAAUCGGAAGGGCGUUCCGGGUCCCAAGCCAGGCAACAAAAGAUCAAAAGAUCAAAUCGACUCUACCGCAAAGUCGCGCGGACGACCUGGCCCUAAGAAGAAACCCAAACUUGAGGACGGAGAAGCCGCGAAAAACACAGCAGCCACCCGCCUGGGACCGAAAGCCAAUACCGGAGCUAUCAACGCCGGUUUGCGUGCGCUAGAUCGCUCGGGAGCUGCGUGUCGCAGGUGGCAGCGCAAACCUCUCCAGCUGCGCAGCUUUACGGGCGUAACAUGGCAACUACCUUCCUGGCGCACACCUGGUAUCGCCAAGUCAGACAGUUCGGGCGAGAUCCAGGCUGCUGCGCUGGCAAGCGGCGACAGCGACACAAAGGCUGCGCUUCAUGUCCCCGGCACCGAUACGGCCAAUGGUAGCAGUGCUGUACCAAGUGAGAAAAGCAAUUCCGGGGAUGGCGAUGUUACCCCUGCUCCGUCUCAUCUAGUCGAGCCCUCGUCGCCGGCUAUCGCUAUGGCGGCUUAA